CACAGUAGCUUGGCUCAGGGACAGCACUGGUAAUAGAGUCUGAUGCCAACACAACCAUGGGAAAGAUCAUUUUUUACGAAGACAGAAACUUCCAAGGGCGCUCUCAUGAGUGCAGCAGCGACUGUGCCGAUCUUCACACCUACUUCAACAGAUGCAACUCCAUCAGGGUGGAGAGUGGCUGCUUCAUGGUGUAUGAGAGGCCCAACUACAUGGGCAAUCAGUACUAUCUGAGGAGAGGAGAGUACUCUGAUAACCAGCGUAUGAUUGGCAUUAAUGACUGUGUCAGAUCUUGCCGUAUGAUCCCACAGCACCAGGGUUCCUACAGGAUGAGGCUUUACGAGCGUGCUGACAUGACCGGGCAGAUGCAUGAGCUGGUCGAUGACUGUCCAAAUGUCCAAGACCAACUCAGCAUGUCUGAUUUCAACUCCUGCAAUGUGAUGGACGGCCACUGGCUACUGUACGACCAACCUAACUACAAGGGCAGAGUGUACUACCUGAGGCCUGGAGAGUAUCGGAGGUACAGUGACUGGGGAGGCAUCAGCCCAAGGAUCGGCUCCAUCAGAAGAAUCACUGACUUCAACUGAAGUCAAGCUUCAUUUAAAUGCAUCUUUCGAUGACUUGAA